AUGUGGACCUCGCUGCCGAGGACGAGGCGCAAGUGGAGGGAGCCUCCAUCGGGCAGCGGAGGGCAGCGGAAGCGUCCGGAGGUCCUGUGCUCGGUGCUGCUGGUGGCCGCCUCGAUCGUCGCGACGGCGGCCGCCGCGGCGGUGUGUCCCGCGCCCGAAUCGAUUCCGGGCUGCCCGUGCUACAACUUCGAGGACGGCCUCUUCCUCGAGUGCGCCGGAGCCACGGAGGAGUCCCUGCGAGUCGCGCUAUCGGGGGUGCUCGGCGUCCAGCCCGGCGAAGGGGCGGUGGUGCAGUCGUUGAGUGUCUACGAGCUGGAUCGGAAGGUGGAGGAGCUCCGGGCCUCGGUGUUCCCGGCCGGGACGCAGAUCCGCCACCUGCAGAUCUCGCACUCCGGGGUGAAGGAGAUCGGCGAGGAUGCCUUUCGGAUGCUGGGCUCGAGCCUGGAGUCCUUAGGACUGGUAUCCGGCAAGCUGGCGCAGGUGCCGCAGAAGGCGCUGGCCUCGCUGGGCAGGUUGGCAGCUCUGGACCUGGAGGCGAACCUGGUCCACGAUCUGCCGAGCUUCAGCUUCUACGGGCUCUCCUUGAUCAAGUUGAACCUGAAGGGCAACCAGAUCGCGAAGAUCUCGGAGUACGCUUUCGCUGGGUUGGAGGACACUCUGACCGAUCUGGACCUGGCGGAGAACAAGAUCAGGAUGUUCCCGAUGACGUCGCUGAGACGACUCGAGCACCUGACUUCGCUGCGGCUGGCUUGGAACGAGGUCUCUCAGCUGCCCGAGGACGGGUACUCCAGGUUGGACGCCCUCAACUUUCUCGACCUCAGCAGCAACAACUUCGAGAUCAUACCUCUGAACUGUUUCCGAUGCUGCCCGUCGUUGCGGACGCUCUCCCUGUAUUACAACGUAGUCGAGUCGGUAGACAAGGACGCCUUUAUAUCCUUGAUAGACCUCGAGUCGAUAGAUCUCAGUCACAAUAAGAUAGUGUUUCUCGACGUAGCAACCUUUCGUGCCAAUCAGAAGCUCCGGUCCAUCGACCUGAGCCACAACCACGUCCACCACAUCAAGGGCGUGUUCUCUCGGCUGCCCGAGCUGAAGGAACUCUUCCUCGCCGAGAACAACAUCCUCGAGAUCCCGGCCGAGACUUUCGCCGGGAGCACCGCGCUCUCGGUGGUGUAUCUCCAGCAAAAUGCCAUUAGGCGGAUAGAUGGCCGAGGGCUGGCCACCCUCGGCCAGCUAGCGCAACUGCAUCUCAGUGGGAACUACAUCGAAAAAGUGCCGAGAGACUUCCUCGAGCACUGCGAGAACCUCUCGACCCUCUCCCUGGACGGGAAUUACAUUCGCGAGCUGGAAGUUGGCACCUUUGCCCGCGCCAAGCAGCUAAGAGAACUCCGAUUGCAGGACAAUCGAAUCACCGAGGUCAAGAGAGGAGUCUUCGCUCCUCUGCCCUCGCUCCUCGAACUGCACCUGCAAAACAAUGCGAUCACGGACAUGGAGACGGGGGCCCUUCGCUCCCUCCACAGCCUGCAGCAUGUUAACCUGCAGGGCAACCUUUUGGCCGUCCUCGGCGACGUUUUUCAGGUAUCCAGCGAGCCCGGGCAAAACGGCAACGCGGCCACCUCGGCCGGAAGCUCGCUCGUCUCCAUACAACUGGACAACAAUGGCCUGGGAGUCCUGCAUAACGACUCCUUGAGGGGCCAAGCCUCCGUCAGAAUAAUGUGGUUGGGUCACAAUAGGCUGACUCGUCUGCAGGCCCCGCUUUUCCGCGACCUCCUCCUGGUCGAGCGUCUCUACCUGACCAACAACUCGAUCUCGCGCAUCGAGGACACCGCCUUCCAGCCCAUGCAGGCCCUCAAGUUCCUCGAGCUUAGCAUGAACAAGCUGACGCACGUCACCGUUCGAACCUUCUCCGAGCUGCACGAGCUGGAGGAGCUCUAUCUGCAGGACAACGGCCUGAGACGACUCGAUCCCUACGCCUUGACCUCGCUCAAGAGGCUGCGCGUCCUGGACCUGGCCAACAAUCGGCUGAACGUGCUGCACGACACCAUCUUCCAGGAAGGACUGCCAAUCCGGACGCUGAACCUGAGGAACUGCUCAGUCGGCACGAUAGAGCGCGGGGCCUUCAGAGGUCUCAACAACUUGUACGAGCUCAACUUGGAGCACAACAGGCUAACGGCCAUGGCCCUGGACCGCCUCGACAUUCCCGGACUGAGAGUCCUGAGGAUCUCCUCGAACAACUUCAGCCAAAUCAACGGAGACUCCCUCGACGGCUUGCCGUCCCUCCAGUACCUGGCCAUGGACUCCUCCCAACUGUACCGCAUGCCGCCCGACAUCUUUUCCAAGAACAAGAAUCUCGCCAAGUUGUCCCUGGGCAACAACCUCCUGCGCGGUUUGCCCGGAGCCCUCUUCAUCGGGCUCGAGUCCCUGAAGGAGGUGAAGCUCGACGGGAACCGCUUUCAGGACAUUCCCUACGAAGUCUUCUCCAACGCCAGCUCCGUCGAGGUGCUGUCGCUGGCGAAUAACGUGAUCGUCCACGUGGACGUCUCUCGUCUGAACGGGCUGGUCAGCUUGCGGGAGCUGGAUCUUCGCAGCAACUACGUGGCAUCGCUCUCGGGAUUCGCGGCCGCCAACUUAUCGCGGCUCCUCGCUGUCGACCUUAGCCACAACCACUUGUCCGCCUUGCCGGCCAACUUCUUCGUCCACUCGGCUUCGCUGAGGAAAGUCGAGCUAGCGGCGAACAAGUUUCGCCAGAUACCGGCCACCUCGCUCUCCACCCAGAACAUCCCCAGUUUGGCCUGGCUGAACGUCACCGCCAAUCCUUUGACCAGGAUACACGAGAUCAGCUCCGAGGCCAAGUACCCCGCUCUGAGGGAGAUCCACAUAAGCGGCACCAAUCUCACGAUAGUCACCAGCCAGGACUUCGAGGCGUUCCCUGCACUGAUGCACCUCUUCAUGGGGAGCAACGUGAUCUCGCGCGUCUCACCCAGUGCCUUCCGCAGCCUGCCGAACCUGCUGACUCUGGACCUCAGCGUGAACGAGCUGGAGCUGCUGCCGCAGGAAAGACUGAAAGGACUGGAGCACCUCAGGUUGCUGAACCUGACGCACAAUCGCCUGAAGGAGCUCGAGGACUUCCCGCCGGACCUGAAGGCGCUCCAGGUGCUGGACCUGUCCUACAAUCAGAUCAGCGGCGUGGCCAAAGGCACCUUCCAGCAUCUCGAGAAUCUGGCCGAGCUGCAUCUCUACGGGAAUUGGAUUUCCUCCAUAUCCUCGGACGCUUUCAAGCCCCUGAAGAAGCUGAGGAUCCUGGACUUGAGCAGGAACUAUUUGGAGAACUUGCCGCUGAAAGCCUUCAAGCCGCUCGAGACCCAGAUCAGAAGCUUGCGGGCCGAAGAAAAUCCCCUGCACUGUGACUGCGAGUCCCAGGAGCUGUGGGAAUGGCUGCGGGACCACCAGAAACUCGUCGGCGGAGUCAGCAGAAACCGCGGCGGAAUGGGAGUAAACGACAUGGAGAGCGGAUUGCUGAGGUGCGAACAGCCUCCGGAGCUGCGCGGCCUGGUGUUCCUGGAUCUGGACCCCCACGCCUUCUGCUCGGCACCCCUGGUCUUGAAACUCGCCAUCCAAGACAUCCAGCCCUUCUCCGUUCUCGUCUCCUGGCAGAGCAGGAACCACUCGGGCUUGCACGGGUACCAGGUCGCUUAUCACGCGUUGGACACCAUUGACGAGGUCCACGGGAGGCUGCUGGAUCCCAACGCGCGAUCCGUGAAGCUGUCAAAGCUAUCGUCCAACACUCGCUACCUGAUCUGCGUGCUGGGACUAGGGAACUGGGUGUCUCGGGAAGGAGAGACCAACUCGGUCGGGAUAUUGAACGCCUCCAGGGGUGACGUUUUCGAUGCGACAGCUUUGCCGGAAAUGGUCGACUCCCCCACGAGUCGGUGCACCGAGGUGAAGACGCUCGAGGCGCCCGACGCCGUGAUCAGCAGUGACGGGUCUACCAGCGACGUCGGCGGAGUGGCGAACAUCCUCACCAGGAGACUCGGAUUGAUAGUGGGAUGCUGCAUGGGUUUCGUGGUCUUCGUCCUCCUCGUCUCCGUCCUGGGAUACCUUAAAAUUAAGAAGCAGCGAGAGGCCGUCAAACGAGACCAGCAGCCGGUUCCCCCGGAGUACAUCUCCUACCGACACUUCAGCAUCCAAAGCGGCGAAGCCGGACACGCGGCCAGGGCGGCCAGUCAGGAGGGCCAGCAUCCGAGCUUCAUAACCAACAUGGGGAACGCGACCUUGAACGUGUAAAAUUACGCAGACCAGAAUUUACGAUUACGUCCUCUAGUUUGGACUGGCCAAUUCCCAUUCGAGGUCUCGAGGUGCUGGCUGGGACGGAAAUUAUCCAGCCAGUCGAGACCGUGCAGAGCCCGCUUCGAAGCGAGUUGCAGCGUACGGCGACCUGCGACGGAUAGGAACGAAGUUACAGAUGACGGGUGCGAUUUGUAAUUACAGGAAGAGGUAGAGAAAUUACGAUUUUCAUUUGUACUGGUGGAGGAAAGGGACGGUGGAGAUUAUUCGUUGAAACGAACACACGAGGGUAGGACGGUUAAGGUGGAAAUCCGUCACCGUUGAAAUCUGAGUUAAAAAAUAGAAAUUCAAGUACCUACUUCCCGGACGGCCACGAGUCAAUGUCGGUUGGAAUUUUCUACCCGGAGGGUCAGGGGUCUCAUUACCCCGCGGUGGAGUAGUUAAAGGUUAAACCGUACAAUUUAUCAUUUCGCGUUUCGGAGUUCAACUGCACCCAGUACGUUCCAUGCGCCGGUUGCAAAUGGAAUUUCUAGAGAGGAUUUAUAUACAAAUUGCACGAGUAAUUUGUAAUUCCGUAAUGGCGUUGCGCCGGUAAUGGGUAACCCUACCGACCAAGGAGGGGAUCGACCUAGACGAGGAGGGAAUCGACGUGGGCCUCGAAGGGUCCACUCGGAUUCCGGUAGCAAUUUUGCAUUGUUAAACAACGCCGAAGACUGCCCCGAAAGCGAUCCGCGAAAUUUAUUUGAGGUGUCCGAGAAUAUGUGGCCGAGAGUGGAUGGAUGAAUGUAGUCGUGCGAGAGUCGGCAGAUCUCCAGGACUCGGGAGGAGAUCCUUUAGCUUAGCUUAAGGACAAUUUUAUAAGCGAUUUUCUACGAGGUUUAAUUUACAAUUUGAGCGGCACGAGACGACGGGCUCCGAGAACACCCGGAACGCACGAAAAAAUGUCGGAUUUGAUCGAACCCCGAGUUCGUCGCGCCUACGCGAAUGGUCAUAUGCAGUAGAAACCUCAUUGUAAGACGUGACGCAUUUGCCAACAAUUACCACUAAAUACCGUAGCAUUGUACACCUCACCGCCCUCGUAGCGACGGGGUGCAUUGUAUUUUCUUAAUGGUUUCCGAACUACGUCUUGGGUUUUUAGCUCCCGGCGACGUCGCGUCGGAGUUUCGAGGCUCUCGUGGAGGUCGAUGACUCGAAAACGUGAAUAUUCAUUUUGAAAUUCAUGAAUCAUCGAAUAGAGCAACAUUCCAAAUCGUUUACCACCGCGUUCGUUGCCGGGCGAUUUCGAUACCAUCUCGACCUCCCCGUUAAAUCCUUGAAAGUACCGAAGCGACGUAAGAGCGCCUCGCCCGAGGAGGUGAAACCACCCUAAUCUUGUCGAGAUGAUAAGGAAAUUUUUAGGUUUGCGAUAGACGAUUCUCCCCGCGAGGAAACUUCUCUCGAUCGGGUUCCUCGCGUCCGGGGACGAGGGAAGUCCCGACGCGCUACCCCGGCACUAGGUCACGUCGAUUCUCCGCGACUUACGUAUUUCUGCGCUACACAUAUGUAUUGUAACAUACACGUACAUACGUCACUGUAAUAAAAUGCAAA